AUUUGAUUUAGCUUCUUCAUUAUAAAAAAAAUAAGAUGGAUUCAACUAGAUUUGGAUAUAUUUAUGAUAAUUCUGACGCCGAUAGUUAAACAUAAUCAUGGAGUACGGAUGAUGCCAGUGGCAGAAGUUCAGUCCAAGAUUUGACAGAGGAAAUCAAUAAUAAUCUGGAAAACCGAAUUUGCCAAUAUUUGAGUGAUUUGAGCAUUGAAACAUUCACCAGUCCCACUCUUAAGGAGGAUAACUAUAAUCAUAACCUAAAAUAAAGGAUCGUAAGACAUUUAAAAAUAUUUAUAGUUUAAAAGUUUUGACUCUUUCAUGCCAAACAAAGAAAAUAGUAUGCUUUUAAAGAAAAGAAAGCAACACAUCAAAUUAGGGGAAUGA